AUGCUUCACUUACUUCUCUUCCUAUUCGCUACUUCCCUAGCAGCAUUGGUCAAACCAACCCUUCCCAGCCAGGACGCCUUCUAUACGGCUCCAGGGAACCUUUCUUCCUACGAAAAUGGACAGAUUAUCACCUGGAGACUUGCUCCUGGCAACGUCAGACCCAGCUUUCUCCCAAUGAACAUCAAAAACGCCUGGCAGUUCCAGGUUCGUUCUGAGAACUCCCUUGGUGAACCAAAUAUAGUGGUUACUACCGUUUUGGAACCCCAUAACGCUGAUCCAAAGAAACUUCUUUCUUACCAGGCCGCCCAGGACUCCGCCUCCAACGAUUGCAGUCCUUCCUACUCCAUGCUCUAUGGAGCAUCCCCAGAUACUAUCAUGCUCCAGGCAGAAAUGGUUUUCAUGCAAACAGCUUUAGCCAAAGGCUGGUACUUGGUGGUUCCAGACUACGAGGGAACCCAGGGAGCAUUUACAGCUGGUAUUCAGUCUGGCCAGGCCACACUUAACUCUUUAAGAGCUGUCUUGGGAUCCAAGGAAAUCACUGGAAUCAGUUCUGAUGCUAAAACUGCUCUUUGGGGGUACUCUGGUGGAACUAUAGCUUCUGGCUGGGCUGCCUCUUUACAACCCAAGUAUGCACCUGAACUAAAGAACAACCUUGUUGGAUGUGCUCUUGGAGGCUGGGCUACGAACAUUACUUCCACUGCUGAAGCUGCUGACGGUACAGCUUUUGCUGGACUUAUUCCAAAUGCUCUUUCUGGGUUGAUCAGUGAGUACCCUAGUCUUAGUGGAUUAGUGGAGCAAGAAAUCAGAGAAGACAAGCAGGGAGAGUUUGUGAAGAUCAAGAAAAACUGUGUCAAGCCUUCUAUUAAACAGUUUAAAAUGGUCAGGUUCUUUAGUAAGAAAACGAACCCUUGGGCUGUUUUUGAAGACCCAAAUCCGUGGGCGAAGAACGGCUGGGGCUUUUUUGAUAACCCUGAAUUCAAAAAGGUACUUAUUGAAAACACAGCUGCUUUGAAGCCAGACGGACCGAUUCCUGAAAUCCCCAUGUUCGUUUACCAUGGAAAAGUCGACGAAGUUGUGCCUUUUGUGAGUGCUCAAAGAGCCUACGACAACUACUGUAAAUGGGGUAUAAAAAGCUUUGAGUUUGCAGUUUCCAAGAACUCGGGCCAUAUGCUUGAAGCCGUUCAAGGCUCAGGAGCAGCUUUAGUAUGGCUUGAUAAGGUUCUUAAUGGAGAAAAGCCUGUUGAUGGAUGCCAGCGUACAGAAAGAACUACUAACUUACUUUACCCUGGCGCAGAUGCCCAGUUCAACCAGAUAGUGUCGACUUUGGUCAGUUCAGUGUUUGGAGGCAAGCUUGGAGUUGCUACAAAGAACGCAGACACUUCGACUUUAUUGAGUCGUUUCUUGCAGAAAGUGUUUGGGUUCCUCUUUACGUUUGUUGGUCCUAUUGCGUAUAAGAGAGAUGGAAAUGAAGUUCCAGACGUUCCUGGCUUGAACGAUGUGAUUAGGUUGUGGGAAGAACACGGAAUUCAUGCUGUUCCACGGGAAGUCGUUGUGAAUUAA